CAAUAAUGUGCUGAAACUGCACCUUACUGGCCUGUGUUUGCACUCUUUCCUCCACCCUCCCCAUCUUUCCCGCUUGCUCCCAUACACAAUGGGAUAAAUGCCAGAUGCUAUGUUCUCAAAGGUGGCACUGUGACCUUCAGACUGAGCUGGUGGCAUGCUGCAUUGUGGGGCUCGUUUCUUGCACCGGAGGGUAUUAACCCUCUGGGGGGCUCAGAUGACAAUCCACAAAUCCUUAUCUUCCAAGCCAGCCCCUGAAACUGCUUCAAAGAAACCCCAAUCUUCGUAUAAUUCACUGAACCUGGAUGAUGGGAAGGUUUUCCGCCUCAAGACCAAAUGGGAACUCACUCGUGGACUGCUUGUCUUCUUUCUCUGUUCUUCUCCAUGGCUGGUGCAGAAAGCACCAAAGCUCCUUUCUGUCACUCGACGCAUUCUGGGACGUCGUCUCUGGAGUUCUGCACUUCGUUUUACUUUGUAUGGGCAGUUUGUGGCUGGUGAAACCCACAAAGAGAUCAAAGAAACACUACAACGACUCCAACAUUUGGGGGUGCGCCCUCUCCUUGCUGUCCCCAUAGAGGAAGAUGUAGGAGACGAAAAAGAAGGGGAAGGGUGGUAUGACAAGAAUGCCCAGUCCAUGAUCACUUGCCUGGAUCUGUCAGUGGGGGGUGCUCCCAAUCCCAUGAUGCAACUGAAGGUGACGGCCCUGAUGGCAGCUGAACUCUGUAAAACAAUCACCCUGUGUUUAGAAAACAAGGAGGGAACAUCAGACCUCAGCAUUGAAAGAGUCAUGGCUGCCAUGUCGGGACAUGAAGUGUCCUUCAGCUGCUUGACCCAAGAAGAAAACCAGCAUUUCCAAAAAUCAUUGAGGCGCCUGAAUUCGGUAGCACAGUAUGCUGUACAAAAAGGAGUCCGUGUUCUGGUAGAUGCAGAAUACACUUAUAUCAACCCUGCCUUGACGUUAGUCACUAUUGCAAUGAUGGCUACUUGGAACACCCAAAAGCCUUGGAUUUGGAAUACAUAUCAAGCAUAUCUCAAGGACACUUUGGAGCGUCUGAAGCAAGAUGUGGCCAUUGCUGAACGCUUGGGUGUCUGCUUUGGAGUAAAGCUGGUCCGGGGGGCUUACCUGAACAAAGAACAGAAAUUGGCAAAGGAAAAAGGGUACCCUGAUCCUGUACAGCCCAGCUGGGAAGCUACCAAUGAAAGUUACCGGCGUUGUCUGGAUUUUGGCUUGGACCAAGUAUCUCAAGUCAAGGAAAGAUUCGAGAUGAUUGUGGCCACACACAAUGAAGCCUCUGUGACACAUGCUGUACAAAGGAUGUCAGAGAUGGGCAUCAACAAAACUGCUGGACCCAUUAGUUUUGGGCAGCUGCUGGGUAUGUGUGACCAGGUGUCCUUGGCACUAGGUCAAGCAGGUUAUGCCAUCUACAAAUCUAUUCCGUAUGGAUCUGUGGAAGAGGUUAUCCCUUACCUGAUCCGGCGUGCUCAUGAGAACCAGAGUGUGCUGCUCGGGAUCCGAAAAGAACGAGAUCUGCUUCUCUUGGAGCUGCGGAGACGGAUUUUAAGGAGGCCCUGAUGGAAUUUGCAUUAAUUAAAGACCAUCCCUUUUUUUCCUAGAAUCAUAGGUGCUUCCAAACCAGGAUCUAACAGAAAGUUUAGAUAUUAUGGUAUUACAUUUCUUAAACUUCCUGUGCUUUCCUAUUUGGGCUUCCACUCCUUUUUCUAUUGCAGAAGAUCCAUUAAAAACGGAAAGCUGGAAUAAGUACCUACCAUUUUA